AUGAACGCUGAACUCUUUUUAAAGUGGUUUCAACACUUUGUGAAAUUCUCAAAGCCAUCUAAAGAGAAGCCUGCGCUUUUAAUCCUAGAUGGCCAUAGCAGUCAUAAAGAUCUUGCUGUUAUAAGUUACGCAAAAGAAAACCACGUGCAUAUGUUAAGCACCCCACCACACACGACCCACAAACUGCAGCCAUUAGACAGGGUUUUUAUGAAACCAUUCAAAGAUGCAUAUUUUGAGGCCUGUGGGAUAUAG